UUCAAUCAAUCCCUUAAGGACAGACUGCACCCGACAAUCCUGUGGAUUGUUCUUAAGUACUCGAUAUUCUACCUCGAUUUCUUCUCAAUUCAUUUCUGCAUCACAGUUUUGAUCUCGACAACAACAAUCACGCAACAGCAGAACCACCAAGUCAAGAUCCAGCUUGAAGCUCUCUCAAGAUGACUCUCUACUACAGCCUGGUCUUCCUCCUCCUCAUGGCAGAGAUGGCUCUGUUCGUGGUCCUCAUUGUCCCUCUUCCCUUCACCGUCAAGAGGAAGGUGUUCACCUUCAUCUCCGAGAAUCCCAUCGUCGCGAAACUCCAAUAUGGCAUGAAGAUCACCUUCAUCUUCAUCCUUAUCCUGUUCAUCGACAGCGUCAACCGUGUCUACCGCGUCCAGGUUGAGCUCUCUCAAGCUUCUGAGGGCAACACUGCUGCACAGAUCAUGGGUCACGAGCGCCUGGAGGUGCAGGCCCGCAAGUUCUACUCUCAGCGCAACAUGUACCUGUGCGGCUUUACACUGUUCCUCUCCCUCAUCUUGAACCGCACCUACAUCAUGAUCCUCGAGGUGCUCCGCCUUGAGGAGCGCGUCAAGCAGUACGAGGGCACCGACAAGAACACCAAGCAGGCCGAGAAGCUUGCUGCCGCCGGCUCGCCCGGCGAGAUUGCCCGCCUGCGCAAGGAGCUUGCCAAGAAGGAUCAGGACAUCGAGAUCCUGACGAAGCAGGCCAGCGGUCUGCACAAGGAGUUCAAUGAGUUGACCGAGAAGGUUGCUCAGCAGGACGGCACGCCCAAGAAGAACAGGUAAACUGUUCUAGCCGACACGGCACUGCAUGGAUAUCUUGCGAUAGCGUCGGUGGGGGCCUAGCAGAGUGCAGAUGUUCUGCGCCGUCUCCGGCAUAGAAGGACGACAAAAAUGGCGGGAAGUUGCACGGGAGGCAACGCGUGGUGCGAACGGUUGUGAAGGGCGUUCAGGAUGGUCCAGAGCUUAGCUAGGUUUAUUCGAAGCAAGGGGCGUCUUGCAUCAUGUUGUGGAUGUAUGAUUACAAACGAAAAUUACCAAUGAAACCGAGGCGUGGGAUGCUUUCAGAUGUCUUGAUCUGGGCAAAUACACUGAGUUUAUAGAAAAUGGUGUCAAGUCGCCUGAUUGACUCAUUCCUCCGUCUACCACAUCUUGAGGAAUACGUAUCAUACCUUAUGCGUUCCUAAAUUUUAUGAACUCAAGAAGCGAUA